AGCAAUGACAAUUAGUGAUUGUUCUGAAUUCACUGAAGCCCUGGCGGUUUUGACAUUUCCCCAGGGAAUUAGUUUGGCUGUCCUGUUCAGAUGGAGGAGGAAAGUAAAAAGGACCAUCAGGCUUUGCUCAACCCAGGAGAGGAGAAUGAACUGGAGGUGUUUGGUUACCAGACCCAGAAGCUACGCAGAGUUCUCUUCCUUGUGACAUCCCUGCUGACCUGUGGGGUCCUUCCCCUAAUAUUCUACUGGAAGCCCCAGUGGAGGGUAUGGGCCUGCUGUAUCCCAUGCUCCUUGCAAGAAGCAGACACUGUUUUGCUAAGGACAACGGAUGAAUUUCAAAGAUAUAUGAGGAAGAAGGUAAUCUGCCUCUACUUAUCCACACUGAAGAUUCCUAUAAGCAAGAACACAGAAGAACCCCUGGUGGCCGACUGCCACUCAGUCAUAAACAAAGCUGUACUGAAGCCAGAAUUAAAAUUGCGAUGUAUCCAAGUGCAGAAAAUCAGGUAUGUUUGGAACAACUUGGAGAAGAAGUUUCAGAAAGUUGGGUUGCUGGAAGAUAGCAACAGCUGCUAUGACAUCCAUCACACGUUUGGACUGGGUCUUACCACUGAAGAACAAGAGAUCAGAAGAUUAGUGUGCGGGCCAAAUGCCAUUGAGGUUGAAAUCCAACCCAUAUGGAAGCUUCUUGUUAAACAGGUUUUAAAUCCAUUCUACGUGUUACAAGUCUUUACCCUCACUUUGUGGCUGUCUCAAGGUUAUAUCGAAUACUCAGUGGCCAUCAUCAUCUUGUCUGUUCUCUCCAUUGGCUUAAGUGUGUAUGAUUUGCGACAGCAAUCAGUGAAGCUGCACAACCUCGUGGAGGAUCACAACAAAGUCCAGGUCAAGAUCACUGUAAAAGGCAAAGGUUUGCAAGAGCUGGAAUCCCGUCUCUUGGUUCCUGGAGAUGUUCUUAUUCUUCCAGGAAAGCUUUCAUUGCCUUGUGAUGCUGUUCUGAUUGAUGGAAGUUGUGUGGUGAAUGAAGGCAUGCUCACAGGAGAAAGUAUACCUGUUAUAAAGACACCAUUGCCCCAUGCGGAGAACACCACAGCCUGGAAAUCCCACAGCUUGGAAGAUUAUCGGAAACAUGUCCUUUUCUGUGGAACAGAAGUUAUUCAGGUCAAGCCCUCUGGGCAGGGGCCAGUAAGAGCAGUCGUUUUGCAAACAGGUUACAAUACAGCCAAAGGGGACUUGGUGAGAUCCAUCCUCUACCCCCGGCCUCUGAACUUCAAACUGUACAAUGACGCCUUCAAGUUCAUAGUGUCCCUGGCCUUCCUUGGAAUCAUGGGUUUUUUCUAUGCCCUUGGUGUAUAUAAGUACCAUGGAGCCUCUCCACAAGACACCAUGGCCAUGGCGCUGCUCCUCCUCACAGUGGCGGUCCCUCCUGUGCUGCCAGCUGCCCUGACCACAGGCAUCGUGUACGCACAGAGGAGGCUGAAGAAAAAGAGAAUCUUCUGCAUCUCCCCACAGCGGAUCAACAUGUGUGGGCAAAUCAACCUUGUGUGCUUUGACAAAACUGGUACUCUUACAGAAGAUGGACUGGACCUCUGGGGGACUGUCCCUACUGUUGACAGUUGUUUCCAGGAAGUCCACAGCUUUACCUCCGGCAAGGCUCUGCCCUGGGGCCCACUGUGUGCAGCCAUGGCCAGCUGCCACUCUCUGAUCCUCCUUGAUGGGACCAUCCAGGGAGACCCACUGGACCUCAAAAUGUUUGAGGGCACCGCUUGGAUAAUCGAAGAUUGCAAUGCAGACUACUGUGAACUUGGGAUAUCAGAUUCAAAUGUAAUAAUAAAGCCAGGACCAAAAGCCAGUCAGAGUCCGGUGGAAGCCAUCAUCGUCCUGCGUCAGUUCCCAUUUUCCUCCAGCCUGCAGAGGAUGUCUGUGGUUGCUCAGCUGGCGGGGGAGGAUCACUUCCAUGUCUACGUGAAGGGAGCCCCGGAGAUGCUGGCUCGGUUCUGCAGACCUGAAACAGUGCCCAGGAAUUUCCCAAAGGAGCUAAGAAAUUACACAGUGCAAGGCUUCCGUGUCAUUGCCCUCGCCCACAAAGUCUUGAAGAUGGAGAAGCUUUCAGAAGUGAAAAGUUUAACCAGAGAACAUGUGGAGUCAGAGUUAACACUUCUGGGACUUCUCGUAAUGGAGAAUCGCUUGAAAAAGGAAACCAAAGCAGUCUUGAAGGAGCUGAGUGAGGCCCGCAUCAGGACUGUGAUGAUUACUGGUGACAAUCUUCAAACAGCCAUUACUGUUGCGAAGAAUUCUGAGAUGAUUCCUCGAGGGAGCCAAGUCAUCCUUGUUGAAGCCAACGAACCUGAAGAGUUCGCCCCUGCUUCUGUGACCUGGCAGCUGGUGGAGAACCAGGAGAAUGGGCCUGGAAAGAAUGAAACCUACAUCAACAUUGGAAACAGUUCAGUGCCUGUUGAAGAAAAAGGGAGCUGUUACCAUUUUGCAAUGAGUGGGAAAUCAUACCAAGUGAUACUGCAGCGUUUCAACAGCUUGCUUCCAAAAAUUCUGGUGAAUGGAACAAUUUUUGCAAGAAUGUCCCCUGGGCAGAAAUCUAGCCUUGUUGAAGAAUUUCAGAAAUUAAAUUAUUAUGUAGGCAUGUGUGGAGAUGGAGCCAAUGACUGUGGGGCUUUGAAAAUGGCUCAUGCGGGCAUUUCGCUGUCAGAGCAGGAGGCAUCUGUGGCCUCCCCUUUCACCUCAAAAACAACCAACAUCGAGUGUGUGCCUCAUCUCAUCAGAGAAGGCCGAGCUGCUCUUGUUUCAUCCUUCGGGGUAUUUAAAUACUUGACCAUGUACGGCAUGAUCCAGUUUAUUGGCACAUCACUGCUCUAUUGGCAACUACAGCUGUUUGGGAAUUACCAGUAUCUCAUGCAAGAUGUUGCCAUUACGUUGAUGGUCUGUUUAACAAUGAGCGCGACGCACGCGUACCCAAAAUUGGCUCCAUACCGGCCAUCAGGACAGCUCCUCUCUCCCCCUUUGCUGCUGUCAGUUGUUUUGAACACCUGCUUCAACUGCAUUGUGCAGGUCUGCGCAUUUGUUUUGUUGAAGCAGCAGCCCUGGUAUUGUGAGGUCUACAGAUACAGUAAGUGCUUUCUGGACAGCCAGAGUAAUUUCUCAACAAAUGUGAGUUUGUCAAGAAAUGGGACUGGAAAUGGAGCAUUGCUUCCUGGUUCAGUUUUAAGCUUUGAAAGUACCACACUGUGGCCGAUCACUACCAUCAACUGUAUCACAACAGCGUUUAUCUUUUCUAAGGGCAAGCCAUUUCGAAAACCUAUCUACACAAACUAUAUAUUCUCAUUUUUGCUGGCAUCUGCCUUGGGCCUCACAAUUUUCCUUCAGUUUUCUGAUUUUCAAGAUAUAUACCGUGGAAUGGAGUUCGUCCCAACUGUAACAUCAUGGAGGGUUUCAGUUUUGGUGGCAGCUCUCACCCAGUUCUGUGUGGCCUUCUUUGUAGAGGAUGCCAUCCUUCAAAAUCGAGCACUCUGGCUAUUGAUCAAGAAAGAAUGUGGAAUCUAUUCUAAAAGUCAGUAUAGGAUCUGGCAAAGAAAACUGGCAAAAGAUCCAACCUGGCCUCCUACAAACAGGACAGAUUAUUCAGGCGAUGGCAGAAAUGGAUUCUACAUCAACCAAGGCUUUGAAAGCUCUGAACAGAUUCCAAAAGAAAAACUUAAUUUGGGAGGCCAAACCACAGAACAACAUUUCUGGACCAGAUUGUAAUCAGAAUUGUUAAAUAGCAUCCUCCUUUUACCAGAAUCUAAAACACUGUUGAGAGGUGAUAAUAGUCUACCCUUAUUUUCUUCCUCCAUCUGAAGAUUCAAAGUGCGUUUCUCAGUGCAUUGAACCUUGCAACAAAGGACUUUAUAUAUGUUUAUUUUGACCUCAUCCUCUAUCACUAAGAAAAAUAAUGUAUUUUCUAAAGUAUCAUUUUUUUCUAAUAAAUUUUCUUCACACUGCGUAGCACUGACUUGCUUCAAAUGCACAGCUUUUUAUGGUAGUAAAAUUAAUAGUAUGUACAUCAAUAGAAGAAAGAAAAAUUAAAGGAGAGUUUAAUUUUGAAAGUUUCACCAAGGUAUUUUUAUUUUCAUCUACUGAAAUAAAAGAAUCUAUAUAUUUUAAAAAGCUUCUCUCAA